AGAUAUAUGCUACUUUUUCAAAACAGUUAAAGUAAUAUUAUUUAAUUAAUAAGAUUUAGCCCGCUUUCUGCCUCCCCGGUCGCCCGUUCUCCGCUUUCCGCCCGCCGCUCCCCUCCUGCCAACCGACCCAAACUAAACCCACAGUUCGCGUUCUGUCUUAAUGCGGGAAGGACGUAUGCUAUAUGGGAUGUAUAAUUUUUUUGUGCAUAUCAAAUUGUUUAAAAUCCUUAAAAUACCUUAAGUUUCUUGACUAUAUUGACGAGAAGUGACUUUGCCGUGAGAAUUGUGAAGAAAGAAGAUUGUUUCGUGUAAAAAUACAGGUGAUCGUGUGAUGGCUCUCUGAUCCACCAUGAUGAAGCGAACAGGCGUCCCCCGGCUGGCCCCGGAUGAGCCUGCCCCGCUGCCUCAGUCACCUGCCCAGAUGCAGCAAGCUGGUGCAAGCAAUAUGCACACUUUGGCCCAAUCGGCCCAACCCCAAAUACUUGGUCCCGCCGCCAUGCUAUCCGUAGGCGGGUACGCUCGCGGCGCACGGCCCGCCGGCCCAGCGCCGCCCGUCAUCAACUACAUGAAGGCUGGAGUGCAGUACCCCAAGCAGCCACCCCAGUCGCAGCAGCCACCUUUGCGGCACAAGCUGGUCCCUGUGCCUGGUGGGCAGCAGCUGCCGCUGGUGGGAGUGGGGGCGACGGCGGGUGUGGGUGUGGGUGCGGCGGUGGUGGGGGGGCGUGCGUCCCCGCCGGGCGCGCUGCCCCCCGCCGCGCAGCCCCCGCCCCCGCCCGGCGCGCAGUUCCAGCGCCUCAAGGUCGAGGACGCCCUCUCAUACCUCGACCUGGUCAAAUACAAGUUCAACACGCAGCCCCAAGUCUAUAACGACUUCCUGGAUAUUAUGAAGGAGUUCAAGAGUCAGACAAUUGACACGCCCGGCGUCAUCACGCGGGUGUCGAACCUGUUCAAGGGGCACCCGGAGCUCAUAGUCGGGUUCAACACCUUCCUGCCCCCCGGAUACAAGAUCGAGGUUCAGAGUAACGGCCAGGUGUCGGUGUCGAUGCCGUCGCCGACGGGGCUGGGCGGCGGCGUGCUGCUGGGCGUGGGCGGCGUGGGCGUGGGCAGCGUGGGCGUGGGCGGCGUGGGCCCGCAGCCCGCGCACCACGCGCCCACGCAGCUGGUGCAUCUGCUGCCCGUCGCGCAGUCGGUGAGCAACGCCAUCGUGCACAAUCUGUCCGUGAGCGCGGCGCCGGCGAACACACUACAUCAUAUAUCGCAGGCGCACCAGCAGAUUGAGGCAGCUAUACACCAUGCGCCUGGCACCGUGGCGCCCCCCGCCGGCUCGGGCCCGCACGCCGCGCCCGCGCCGCCCGGGCAGCCCGUGGAGUUCAACCACGCUAUCGAAUAUGUCAACAAGAUCAAGUCGCGGUUCUCCCGCCAACCGGACAAGUACAAGCGUUUUCUGGAGAUAUUACACGCGUAUCAGAGGGGCCAUAGAGACGUGAAGGAGCCUCAAGCUAAACAACAGACGGAGCAAGAGGUGUAUUCGCAGGUGGCGAAGCUGUUUGAGAACCAGGACGAUCUGCUGGCGGAAUUCGGCCAGUUUCUGCCGGACGCUAAAGCGGUUACUAAGCCGCACUAUCCGCCGCAUCCGCGCACGCCUCCGCUUAUGCCGCCCCAGCAACGUCCGUCGCCCUCGCCGGAGCGCUUUCUGCCCGCGCCCGCGCCCGCCCCCGCCCCCGCCCCCGCGCCCGCGCCCUCGCCGCCGCACACGCAGCCGCCGCAGCACCUGUUGCCGCAGCAGGUGCCCAAACUCACGAGCACUGUAUCGAGCAGCGCUCCGCCUCCGCAACAUUUGAAGCGGUCGCCCAGCUUCACGUCUUCUACUCAGAUGCCUGUAGGCCUCCCGCCGCCUAAGAAGUCCCGUCUAUCGUCUCUGACCGGCGGCAUGGUGCGCGACGUGUCGUACGCCGAGGCGGCCAAGUACGGCACUCAGCAGGAAUACAACUUCUUCGACAGAGCUCGUCGGGCGCUCAGGUCGCAGGAAGUCUACGACAACUUCCUUAGAUGCCUGCUGCUCUUCACCAACGAGAUCAUCUCGUCCUCUGAGCUCGUAUCCGUGACGUCACCGUUCUUGUGUCGUCACCCAGAAUUGCAUAAGUGGCUGCAAGACUUCGUGGGGCCCGUUUCGCCCCCCUCUACACCCACUCAGCCUAGCUCCGGCUUCAAUAACAGCUUCGGCAUGUCGAGCAACAGCCUGCUGGGCUACGAGCGCGAGCGGGAGCGGGAGCGGUUCGAUCGCGAGCGCUCAUUGGACAACAAGACGGCCGUGCGCUACGAGCCGAUCGGUCCGCUCGGCGCUCAGCUGCGCCACGAUAGGCCGCAGGGCGAUGCUGCACUCGAUAUAGACCUGUCGACGUGCAAGCGGCUGGGCACGUCGUACUGCGCGCUGCCGCGCGAGGCGGCCGCGCGCCGCUGCUCCGGCCGCACGCCGCUCUGCAAGGAGGUCCUGAACGACACUUGGGUGUCCUUCCCUACGUGGAGCGAGGAUUCUACGUUCGUGACGUCACGGAAAACUCAAUAUGAAGAGUACAUCUAUCGGUGCGAAGAUGAGAGAUUUGAGCUGGACGUAGUGAUAGAGACGAACGCGGCCACCAUCCGCGUGCUGGAGGGCGUGCAGAAGAAGCUCUCGCGCAUGACGGCGGACGAUGCGGCCAAGUACCGGCUGGACGAGUGCCUCGGCGGACACUCGGCAACCAUACACCAGCGCGCACUGCGGCGCAUCUACGGCGAGAAGGCGGUGGACAUUAUAGCGGGACUGAAGAAGAACCCCGUGGUGGCCGUGCCCGUCGUGCUGCGUCGGCUCAAGGCCAAGGAGGAGGAGUGGAGGGAGGCGCAGAAGGGUUUCAACAAGCAAUGGCGCGAGCAGAACGAGAAGUACUACCUGAAGUCUCUCGACCACCAGGGCAUUAACUUCAAGCAGAAUGACCUUAAAGCCAUGCGCUCCAAGUCGCUCUACAACGAGGUGGAGAGCGCGUACGCCGCCAGGAAGCCCGGCCCGCAUCUAGUCGUGGACUAUCACAUGAAGAACCGGCAGGAAGCUAUCCGCGUAGUCCGCGACGCCGCCGAGCUGCUGAUCCACCACGCGCGGCGCCAGACCGGCAUCCACAAGGCGGAGAAGCGCCGCAUCAAGCAGCUGCUGCGGCACUUCCUGCCCGACCUGUUCGCGCAUCCUCGGCAGCCGCUCUCCGACGACGAGAGAGAUGAAGGUACGAGUAUAGUCCGCGACGCCGCCGAGCUGCUGAUCCACCACGCGCGGCGCCAGACCGGCAUCCACAAGGCGGAGAAGCGCCGCAUCAAGCAGCUGCUGCGGCACUUCCUGCCCGACCUGUUCGCGCAUCCUCGGCAGCCGCUCUCCGACGACGAGAGAGAUGAAGGUACGAGUAUAGUCCGCGACGCCGCCGAGCUGCUGAUCCACCACGCGCGGCGCCAGACCGGCAUCCACAAGGCGGAGAAGCGCCGCAUCAAGCAGCUGCUGCGGCACUUCCUGCCCGACCUGUUCGCGCAUCCUCGGCAGCCGCUCUCCGACGACGAGAGAGAUGAAGGUACGAGUAUAGUCCGCGACGCCGCCGAGCUGCUGAUCCACCACGCGCGGCGCCAGACCGGCAUCCACAAGGCGGAGAAGCGCCGCAUCAAGCAGCUGCUGCGGCACUUCCUGCCCGACCUGUUCGCGCAUCCUCGGCAGCCGCUCUCCGACGACGAGAGAGAUGAAGGUACGAGUAUAGUCCGCGACGCCGCCGAGCUGCUGAUCCACCACGCGCGGCGCCAGACCGGCAUCCACAAGGCGGAGAAGCGCCGCAUCAAGCAGCUGCUGCGGCACUUCCUGCCCGACCUGUUCGCGCAUCCUCGGCAGCCGCUCUCCGACGACGAGAGAGAUGAAGGUACGAGUAUAGUCCGCGACGCCGCCGAGCUGCUGAUCCACCACGCGCGGCGCCAGACCGGCAUCCACAAGGCGGAGAAGCGCCGCAUCAAGCAGCUGCUGCGGCACUUCCUGCCCGACCUGUUCGCGCAUCCUCGGCAGCCGCUCUCCGACGACGAGAGAGAUGAAGGUACGAGUAUAGUCCGCGACGCCGCCGAGCUGCUGAUCCACCACGCGCGGCGCCAGACCGGCAUCCACAAGGCGGAGAAGCGCCGCAUCAAGCAGCUGCUGCGGCACUUCCUGCCCGACCUGUUCGCGCAUCCUCGGCAGCCGCUCUCCGACGACGAGAGAGAUGAAGGUACGAGUAUAGUCCGCGACGCCGCCGAGCUGCUGAUCCACCACGCGCGGCGCCAGACCGGCAUCCACAAGGCGGAGAAGCGCCGCAUCAAGCAGCUGCUGCGGCACUUCCUGCCCGACCUGUUCGCGCAUCCUCGGCAGCCGCUCUCCGACGACGAGAGAGAUGAAGGUACGAGUAUAGUCCGCGACGCCGCCGAGCUGCUGAUCCACCACGCGCGGCGCCAGACCGGCAUCCACAAGGCGGAGAAGCGCCGCAUCAAGCAGCUGCUGCGGCACUUCCUGCCCGACCUGUUCGCGCAUCCUCGGCAGCCGCUCUCCGACGACGAGAGAGAUGAAGGUACGAGUAUAGUCCGCGACGCCGCCGAGCUGCUGAUCCACCACGCGCGGCGCCAGACCGGCAUCCACAAGGCGGAGAAGCGCCGCAUCAAGCAGCUGCUGCGGCACUUCCUGCCCGACCUGUUCGCGCAUCCUCGGCAGCCGCUCUCCGACGACGAGAGAGAUGAAGGUACGAGUAUAGUCCGCGACGCCGCCGAGCUGCUGAUCCACCACGCGCGGCGCCAGACCGGCAUCCACAAGGCGGAGAAGCGCCGCAUCAAGCAGCUGCUGCGGCACUUCCUGCCCGACCUGUUCGCGCAUCCUCGGCAGCCGCUCUCCGACGACGAGAGAGAUGAAGGUACGAGUAUAGUCCGCGACGCCGCCGAGCUGCUGAUCCACCACGCGCGGCGCCAGACCGGCAUCCACAAGGCGGAGAAGCGCCGCAUCAAGCAGCUGCUGCGGCACUUCCUGCCCGACCUGUUCGCGCAUCCUCGGCAGCCGCUCUCCGACGACGAGAGAGAUGAAGGUACGAGUAUAGUCCGCGACGCCGCCGAGCUGCUGAUCCACCACGCGCGGUGCCAGACCGGCAUCCACAAGGCGGAGAAGCGCCGCAUCAAGCAGCUGCUGCGGCACUUCCUGCCCGACCUGUUCGCGCAUCCUCGGCAGCCGCUCUCCGACGACGAGAGAGAUGAAGGUACGAGUAUAGUCCGCGACGCCGCCGAGCUGCUGAUCCACCACGCGCGGCGCCAGACCGGCAUCCACAAGGCGGAGAAGCGCCGCAUCAAGCAGCUGCUGCGGCACUUCCUGCCCGACCUGUUCGCGCAUCCUCGGCAGCCGCUCUCCGACGACGAGAGAGAUGAAGGUACGAGUAUAGUCCGCGACGCCGCCGAGCUGCUGAUCCACCACGCGCGGCGCCAGACCGGCAUCCACAAGGCGGAGAAGCGCCGCAUCAAGCAGCUGCUGCGGCACUUCCUGCCCGACCUGUUCGCGCAUCCUCGGCAGCCGCUCUCCGACGACGAGAGAGAUGAAGGUACGAGUAUAGUCCGCGACGCCGCCGAGCUGCUGAUCCACCACGCGCGGCGCCAGACCGGCAUCCACAAGGCGGAGAAGCGCCGCAUCAAGCAGCUGCUGCGGCACUUCCUGCCCGACCUGUUCGCGCAUCCUCGGCAGCCGCUCUCCGACGACGAGAGAGAUGAAGGUACGAGUAUAGUCCGCGACGCCGCCGAGCUGCUGAUCCACCACGCGCGGCGCCAGACCGGCAUCCACAAGGCGGAGAAGCGCCGCAUCAAGCAGCUGCUGCGGCACUUCCUGCCCGACCUGUUCGCGCAUCCUCGGCAGCCGCUCUCCGACGACGAGAGAGAUGAAGGUACGAGUAUAGUCCGCGACGCCGCCGAGCUGCUGAUCCACCACGCGCGGCGCCAGACCGGCAUCCACAAGGCGGAGAAGCGCCGCAUCAAGCAGCUGCUGCGGCACUUCCUGCCCGACCUGUUCGCGCAUCCUCGGCAGCCGCUCUCCGACGACGAGAGAGAUGAAGGUACGAGUAUAGUCCGCGACGCCGCCGAGCUGCUGAUCCACCACGCGCGGCGCCAGACCGGCAUCCACAAGGCGGAGAAGCGCCGCAUCAAGCAGCUGCUGCGGCACUUCCUGCCCGACCUGUUCGCGCAUCCUCGGCAGCCGCUCUCCGACGACGAGAGAGAUGAAGGUACGAGUAUAGUCCGCGACGCCGCCGAGCUGCUGAUCCACCACGCGCGGCGCCAGACCGGCAUCCACAAGGCGGAGAAGCGCCGCAUCAAGCAGCUGCUGCGGCACUUCCUGCCCGACCUGUUCGCGCAUCCUCGGCAGCCGCUCUCCGACGACGAGAGAGAUGAAGGUACGAGUAUAGUCCGCGACGCCGCCGAGCUGCUGAUCCACCACGCGCGGUGCCAGACCGGCAUCCACAAGGCGGAGAAGCGCCGCAUCAAGCAGCUGCUGCGGCACUUCCUGCCCGACCUGUUCGCGCAUCCUCGGCAGCCGCUCUCCGACGACGAGAGAGAUGAAGGUACGAGUAUAGUCCGCGACGCCGCCGAGCUGCUGAUCCACCACGCGCGGCGCCAGACCGGCAUCCACAAGGCGGAGAAGCGCCGCAUCAAGCAGCUGCUGCGGCACUUCCUGCCCGACCUGUUCGCGCAUCCUCGGCAGCCGCUCUCCGACGACGAGAGAGAUGAAGGUACGAGUAUAGUCCGCGACGCCGCCGAGCUGCUGAUCCACCACGCGCGGCGCCAGACCGGCAUCCACAAGGCGGAGAAGCGCCGCAUCAAGCAGCUGCUGCGGCACUUCCUGCCCGACCUGUUCGCGCAUCCUCGGCAGCCGCUCUCCGACGACGAGAGAGAUGAAGAAGAGAAAGAGGAGCCUUCGAGCCCGGUUGAUAGCCCUACGGCCGAGACCGCGGCCGAAGACAAAGCCGUAAAACAAGAAAAACAAGAGUCGUCAGAAUCUGACAACGCGUCAGACAAGUCGUCGCGCCAUCACAAGAACGACAAGGAGAACAAGCCCAAGAACAACAACCACGAGCCGCGGAGCGACAAGCUCGAGGUCAAGGACGAGGAAGACUUUAGGGAUCAUCCGCCUAACGAGGCGAGAUUCGUGUGCACGAUGUCGUGGUACAUCUUCCUGCGGCUGCACGGCGUGCUGUGCCAGCGGCUCGGGGCGCUGCGCCGCGACGCGCUGCAGCUGGCCGAGCGCGAGGCCAGGGAGCGGGCGCAGCGCCGGCCCAGCGUCGCCGCCGCGCUACGGCUCAAGCCCAACAGUCAGUAUCACUACACCUACAGGAGGCGAGGCUCGUGUGCACGAUGUCGUGGUACAUCUUCCUGCGGCUGCACGGCGUGCUGUGCCAGCGGCUCGGGGCGCUGCGCCGCGACGCGCUGCAGCUGGCCGAGCGCGAGGCCAGGGAGCGGGCGCAGCGCCGGCCCAGCGUCGCCGCCGCGCUACGGCUCAAGCCCAACAGUCAGUAUCACUACACCUACAGGAGGCGAGGCUCGUGUGCACGAUGUCGUGGUACAUCUUCCUGCGGCUGCACGGCGUGCUGUGCCAGCGGCUCGGGGCGCUGCGCCGCGACGCGCUGCAGCUGGCCGAGCGCGAGGCCAGGGAGCGGGCGCAGCGCCGGCCCAGCGUCGCCGCCGCGCUACGGCUCAAGCCCAACAGUCAGUAUCACUACACCUACAGGAGGCGAGGCUCGUGUGCACGAUGUCGUGGUACAUCUUCCUGCGGCUGCACGGCGUGCUGUGCCAGCGGCUCGGGGCGCUGCGCCGCGACGCGCUGCAGCUGGCCGAGCGCGAGGCCAGGGAGCGGGCGCAGCGCCGGCCCAGCGUCGCCGCCGCGCUACGGCUCAAGCCCAACAGUCAGUAUCACUACACCUACAGGAGGCGAGGCUCGUGUGCACGAUGUCGUGGUACAUCUUCCUGCGGCUGCACGGCGUGCUGUGCCAGCGGCUCGGGGCGCUGCGCCGCGACGCGCUGCAGCUGGCCGAGCGCGAGGCCAGGGAGCGGGCGCAGCGCCGGCCCAGCGUCGCCGCCGCGCUACGGCUCAAGCCCAACAGUCAGUAUCACUACACCUACAGGAGGCGAGGCUCGUGUGCACGAUGUCGUGGUACAUCUUCCUGCGGCUGCACGGCGUGCUGUGCCAGCGGCUCGGGGCGCUGCGCCGCGACGCGCUGCAGCUGGCCGAGCGCGAGGCCAGGGAGCGGGCGCAGCGCCGGCCCAGCGUCGCCGCCGCGCUACGGCUCAAGCCCAACAGUCAGUAUCACUACACCUACAGGAGGCGAGGCUCGUGUGCACGAUGUCGUGGUACAUCUUCCUGCGGCUGCACGGCGUGCUGUGCCAGCGGCUCGGGGCGCUGCGCCGCGACGCGCUGCAGCUGGCCGAGCGCGAGGCCAGGGAGCGGGCGCAGCGCCGGCCCAGCGUCGCCGCCGCGCUACGGCUCAAGCCCAACAGUCAGUAUCACUACACCUACAGGAGGCGAGGCUCGUGUGCACGAUGUCGUGGUACAUCUUCCUGCGGCUGCACGGCGUGCUGUGCCAGCGGCUCGGGGCGCUGCGCCGCGACGCGCUGCAGCUGGCCGAGCGCGAGGCCAGGGAGCGGGCGCAGCGCCGGCCCAGCGUCGCCGCCGCGCUACGGCUCAAGCCCAACAGUCAGUAUCACUACACCUACAGGAGGCGAGGCUCGUGUGCACGAUGUCGUGGUACAUCUUCCUGCGGCUGCACGGCGUGCUGUGCCAGCGGCUCGGGGCGCUGCGCCGCGACGCGCUGCAGCUGGCCGAGCGCGAGGCCAGGGAGCGGGCGCAGCGCCGGCCCAGCGUCGCCGCCGCGCUACGGCUCAAGCCCAACAGUCAGUAUCACUACACCUACAGGAGGCGAGGCUCGUGUGCACGAUGUCGUGGUACAUCUUCCUGCGGCUGCACGGCGUGCUGUGCCAGCGGCUCGGGGCGCUGCGCCGCGACGCGCUGCAGCUGGCCGAGCGCGAGGCCAGGGAGCGGGCGCAGCGCCGGCCCAGCGUCGCCGCCGCGCUACGGCUCAAGCCCAACAGUCAGUAUCACUACACCUACAGGAGGCGAGGCUCGUGUGCACGAUGUCGUGGUACAUCUUCCUGCGGCUGCACGGCGUGCUGUGCCAGCGGCUCGGGGCGCUGCGCCGCGACGCGCUGCAGCUGGCCGAGCGCGAGGCCAGGGAGCGGGCGCAGCGCCGGCCCAGCGUCGCCGCCGCGCUACGGCUCAAGCCCAACAGUCAGUAUCACUACACCUACAGGAGGCGAGGCUCGUGUGCACGAUGUCGUGGUACAUCUUCCUGCGGCUGCACGGCGUGCUGUGCCAGCGGCUCGGGGCGCUGCGCCGCGACGCGCUGCAGCUGGCCGAGCGCGAGGCCAGGGAGCGGGCGCAGCGCCGGCCCAGCGUCGCCGCCGCGCUACGGCUCAAGCCCAACAGUCAGUAUCACUACACCUACAGGAGGCGAGGCUCGUGUGCACGAUGUCGUGGUACAUCUUCCUGCGGCUGCACGGCGUGCUGUGCCAGCGGCUCGGGGCGCUGCGCCGCGACGCGCUGCAGCUGGCCGAGCGCGAGGCCAGGGAGCGGGCGCAGCGCCGGCCCAGCGUCGCCGCCGCGCUACGGCUCAAGCCCAACAGUCAGUAUCACUACACCUACAGGAGGCGAGGCUCGUGUGCACGAUGUCGUGGUACAUCUUCCUGCGGCUGCACGGCGUGCUGUGCCAGCGGCUCGGGGCGCUGCGCCGCGACGCGCUGCAGCUGGCCGAGCGCGAGGCCAGGGAGCGGGCGCAGCGCCGGCCCAGCGUCGCCGCCGCGCUACGGCUCAAGCCCAACAGUCAGUAUCACUACACCUACAGGAGGCGAGGCUCGUGUGCACGAUGUCGUGGUACAUCUUCCUGCGGCUGCACGGCGUGCUGUGCCAGCGGCUCGGGGCGCUGCGCCGCGACGCGCUGCAGCUGGCCGAGCGCGAGGCCAGGGAGCGGGCGCAGCGCCGGCCCAGCGUCGCCGCCGCGCUACGGCUCAAGCCCAACAGUCAGUAUCACUACACCUACAGGAGGCGAGGCUCGUGUGCACGAUGUCGUGGUACAUCUUCCUGCGGCUGCACGGCGUGCUGUGCCAGCGGCUCGGGGCGCUGCGCCGCGACGCGCUGCAGCUGGCCGAGCGCGAGGCCAGGGAGCGGGCGCAGCGCCGGCCCAGCGUCGCCGCCGCGCUACGGCUCAAGCCCAACAGUCAGUAUCACUACACCUACAGGAGGCGAGGCUCGUGUGCACGAUGUCGUGGUACAUCUCUGCGGCUGCACGGCGUGCUGUGCCAGCGGCUCGGGGCGCUGCGCCGCGACGCGCUGCAGCUGGCCGAGCGCGAGGCCAGGGAGCGGGCGCAGCGCCGGCCCAGCGUCGCCGCCGCGCUACGGCUCAAGCCCAACAAUCUCCCGGCGGACGCGUCGUCCCCCGCGGACUACUACCCCGCGUUACUGGAGCUGGUCCGCGGCGUGCUCGACGGUAACACGGAGGCCACGGCGUACGAGGACGCCGCCCGUGAGAUGUUCGGCAUACACGCCUACCCCGCGUACACGCUCGACAAGCUCGUGUGGAACGCCGUGCGACAGCUGCAGCGUUGUGUGUCGGAGCCGUGGUCGCUGCGCGCGGCCGAGCUGGCGGCGCGCGGCGGCAUGCGCGGCGCGCUGUCCUACGUGCGGAGAGCGCAGCGCUUCCUGCACAAGGACCACACCGCCUUCCUCAUCAAGCUGUAUGGUGGUGACGAGUGCCGCGUGUCCUUCGAAUUGCUAGAGAGUGGCGGAGAGGGCCGCGCUUCCCCGCACAACGACUCCUCGCGGUUGUCACCCACCAACCAGUCCCGGCCGUCUGCGCCGAACGGCGACCCCGUGUCCCGCCUCGCCGCCUGGUCGCUCUACACGGAGCGCUACUCCCGCCCCGACCACGUCCCGCCCGCCCCCGCCCCCGCCGCCGCCGCCGCCGACGCCCUCCACCCCCCCGCACCCAACAAGCCCGUGUUCCUCGCCAGGAACGCGGCGCGGCGCGGCGGCGCGGGGGACAACGUGGCCGAGGGGGACGGCGGCGCGGUGGGGGGGGCGAGGGGGAAGAGGAAACCCCACAGGAUUGUUGAUAGAAGCGAGUGCACGCUCAGCAGCGGGAUCAGAUUGGUGGCGUCCCGGCCGCAGCACCUGUACCGGCCCGGGGCGCUAGCGGCCGCUCGCGCCUCGCACGCGCGCCUGCACCAGGCACGCCGUGCCAAGUUCAAGGCGUGGCUGCACGUGCACGUGCACAAGCAGGGCAACCCGCACCGAUGAUCACACACCUUCUGAACGUACCCCUCCACUGUUCAACACUACAGUAUGUACGGUUGACGACCAAAACUUACUGUAUUUCAAACUGUAUGCUCUAAAAUUUGAUAAUAAUUAUGGCAUACAGAUGCGUUUCCGUUCCCGGGCCCGAAGCCGACGUGCCGAUCGUUAGCGCUCCGGAGGGUAUCGUAGUCGUCUCUCUCUGUCCCUCUUCCUAGUACGACAGGGACAGUUGCGUUUCGUUCGCUCCGGUGCGUUGACGAUUGCUCGUUGGCUCCGCACCCUGUAUGAAAAAUCAACAUUUCAUGUAGAAGAUACAUAUGGAACGGAGUCGUGAUGAAAAUCGUGAAUUUUCAUCGUAUAUGACGUGCGAAGCGCUAGUUUUUGCUUAAAAUUUGAAUCUUUAUAACAAUACAGUAUUAAAAUAAAUAGAUUUUCAAAAAUAACAGUGAGUUUUUGUUGUCAAUCGACAGAAUUAACCCUUCUUAUAGCGUUACGGCGGGAUGACAAUUUUACACGUAAAACUUGAUAUAAAUACGUUUUUCAAUAUAGAUGUUUAUAAAUAAAAAUCCUAAUAGUUGUUUUACAUACCGGUAGCCGAAUACCAUAUUAUAUAUCUGAGAUUUCUAUCUUUUUACGGCCAACUGAAAUUCUAACUCAAAUUUCUACGUAUAUUGAAGGGUGAUUGUUUGUUCAAAACUCGAUAAUUUUAAGACGGAGUGAGAAUAUUGUUUUUGUAAAUACGCAAUCUGAUUGAUUCUUGCCUAGCAAAAGAGGCUAAAAUAAGUAAGUUCCGCUUAUUCGCGAUUUGAUCCACUUAUUGUGAUUUCGAUGUGAUAAAAGCACUUUUUAAAUAAUAUUAUCCGAAUACGCGGGACCUGAUAAUGCUAAGCGCUUUUGAAAUGUUUAUUUAUUUGAAUCCGUCAAUAUACUUUUUUUAUGCAGUUUCUCUUUUUAUUAUAUAUUCUCAAUGUCAUAUAAAUGUUAGAUUCAGUAGCGCCUCUUGUCAAAAAUGUAUAUAAUUGUAAUAUAGACAUACUAUCAGUUCUUUAAGGUCAAUUAUGUAUUUAUAUAACGGCUAUUGCCUUCAGCAUAUCGAAAGCACAAGUCACUAAAAACAGAACCUUGCGCCUAUGUAAAUAAGUCCACUGUUAAGGCCAGUCUAGACUGAACAAUUCGCCCAAUCUGGUUAAAUUGGCUGAUCAAAUCAAUUUUAAAAUUUCAAAUCGCAAGAAUGCCAAAUUCUGUCGCUAGUGUGCGCGUUUGGGGGCAUCUCACCAUAAAUGUAAAAUUGGUAAUUAAAUUGUGUACGAUAGAUAAUUUUUUUCCUGGUCAAAUCGGUCGGUUUGAUCAUCCCGUCUGGACUGGCCUUUAUCCUGGAAGCUCUGAAGCUUCACCGAAGUUGAACCUCCGUUUAAACGUCCAGAUAAUUUUAUAGUUCUUAUCACAAACGAUAUUCUCGCUCUUAAAAUUAAAUUACUGGUAUUAAAGUCGGUCCAAAUAGGGCACAGGGUAUCUUAAAACGUACAUGCGUCAAAUUAAAAUUAUUAUUUUGGGCCGGUUUUAGCCAAUGCAUUUGUAAAGGGGUAAUCUCAUUUUUACUGUUUUUUUUUUCACCGAACCACGUUUUAGUGGUGAGGCGUAGUGUAAGAUGGCGGUGACCGGAAGUGUGACGUCAUUUCCGCUCGUCGCCGGAUCUCUUUAAAGUACAGUGUGUCAGUUGUAAAUAGCAGAGUGACCGUUAGUGUUGUUGAAGAACCAAUCUUGUUAAUUUGUAAAGAAAAAAUAACUUGUCAAGAGAAAUAAAUAUUAUUAUAUUUAUAAUA